GGAAGGCUGAAACCUGUCUAGCAGCAGGAUAAGAGAACCACUGGCAAUGAAACUGGAGGCAGCGGGAUGUAAGAAGACAAACUGAUAGUAUCCAGAUUUGCCAGCUCAAUGAGCCCAGUUCCCUUCCGGGGGUGAAGGAUCCUGUUCCUGCUGUUUGUUGGUGAUUACAGAAGACAGCCCUUUAAAACCUGCAAGUGGGAGAGAGAUCAAGAGAGACAGAGCAUGAGAGAACGAAUACCAGACUAGCAGUUUGAACUCAAGCCUUCACAAGCUGAGAAAUGGAAAGCAAUGAUGACAAAUUUGUCAUUUUGGAGAAAGGUGCCACUGUAAUGGAUGUCAUUGAUCAGAAGAUCAAAGAGCAAAUGCUUACGGAGAACACAGAUGCUUUUUCUGUUGCUGACCUGGGGGAUCUUGUACAUCAGCAUCUCCUAUGGCAGAGGACACUGCCCCGAGUGAAACCGUUCUACGCUGUGAAAUGUAACACUAGCAAACCAGUGGUUCAGAUUCUUGCUCAAAUGGGACUCGGCUUUGACUGUGCCAGUAAGAAUGAAAUUGCAACAAUACGAGAUAUUGGUGUCCCAGCACAGAGAAUCAUUUAUGCAAAUCCCUGCAAGGAGGUCUCUCAUAUUAAAUAUGCUGUCAUUCAUGGAGUGCAAAUGAUGACAUUCGAUAAUGAAGACGAACUAAAUAAAGUUGCAAUGAACCAUCCAACUGCCAAAAUGGUUCUGCGCAUUGCUGUAAAUGAUUUUACAUCCCAAUCGCCCUUGAGUGGCAAGUUUGGAGCAUCUAUGUCUGAGUGCAGACAGCUACUGGAAUAUGCAAAGGCCUUGAAUUUGGACACCAUCGGUGUUAGUUUCCAUGUUGGAAGUGGUUGUACUGAUCCAAAGAUUUUUGCUCAGGCCAUAGCUGAUGCACGUGUUGUCUUUGAUAUUGGGAUUAAUCUUGGAUUUCAGAUGUAUUUACUUGAUAUUGGAGGUGGAUUUCCAGGAACUGCAAAAGGAAAAGUCACGUUGGAACAGUUAGCAGCAGAGAUCAAUCUUGCAUUGGACAUUUACUUUCCUGACAAAACUGAAGUGCAGAUAAUCGCUGAACCAGGCCGUUAUUAUGUGAUGUCAUCCUUCACACUGGCUGUGAAUAUCAUUGCUAGAAAAAUUGUUAAAUAUUCUCAACCCAGCUCCAAUGAUGAGGAAGCUGGGAAUGAGAAGACCAUGAUGUACUAUUUAAAUGACGGUCUGUAUGGGUCUUUCAAUAAUUUUGCACAAUAUCGUGAACUAUUAAAGCCAAUCGUGUAUAAAAAACACUCCCUUGACCAAACGCUGUAUAACACUAGAAUUUGGGGACCCACCUGUGAUGCAUGGGAUCAUAUUUCCGACACCUGGAAGCUGCCUGAACUGGAGAUUGGAGACUGGCUGCUCUUUCAAAACAAUGGAGCAUACACCGUCAGCACUUCAACCACGUUCAAUGGCUUUCAUGCAGCCAUGACACAUUACGUAAUAUCCAAGGAGGCCUGGAAAACCCUCCAGAAGAUAAAGAGAGAAACGCAAUCUCCAGUGCAAGAACAGGAUGAUGUAGACACUCAACACCUGGUCAGACAUUAAGAUGUAGGAUAGAAGCAGCCAUUUGGUCCAUCAAGUGUGCUUUAUCAUUUAUUGCAAUCAUGACUGAUGUGAUAAUCCUUAAGUCCACUUGUCUGCUUUUUUCCCUAAAAUACUUGUCUCCCUUAUGAUUAAAAGUUUGUCUUUCUUACUAAUCCAGCCUCAACAAUUGCCUGUGGUAAAGAUGUCCACAGAUUCAUUGCCCUCUCACAAUAGAAAUUCCUUUUCAUCUCUGUCCUAAAUGUAUAAGUUCCCAGGCUCUCCCACAAGGGGAACCAACCUUUCCUCAUUUACCCUAUCAAGUCCGCUACAGAACUUUCUUCAAAUCACGUCUCCACUCCUUCUUCUAAUCUUCAAUAAGAACAGGUUCACCGUACUCAAUCUGUAACCCCUCCAUACCUGAAGUAAACUUAAUGAAUGUCUGCAGUCCCUCCAAUGACAGGUACCCUUCCCUAGAUAAGGGGAACAAAACUGUUCACAGUAUUCUAGAGUGAUAAUGGGAACUGCAGAUGCUGGAGAAUCCAAGAUAAUAAAAUGUGAGGCUGGAUGAACACAGCAGGCCCAGCAGCAUCUCAGGAGCACAAAAGCUGACGUUUCGGGCCUAGACCCUUCAUCAGACAGUAUUCUAGACGUGCCUUGUGUUGUUUUAGCAAGAAUUCCCUCCUUUGAAACAGUGAUGAAUAUCUCUUUCAUCAUCAAUGCAAAUGAUGAAAAUUAUUCAUAUUCCUCCAAUACUUAGAUAAACAUAUAAACAUAUUUGUUCAGCUUGGCUUUAAUUUACUCCUUGCUGGUGUACUGUGAUGGAUUAAAUUGUCAACAAUCAAUGUUCAGUGUAAUGAAACCUAUUUAUCUUCUUUGUGAUGAUAAUUUUUCACUUCCCCAGAGCUUUGCAGUCCAGAUGAAUAGGCAAAAGCAGUUCUAAAAGUAAACUUCCUUCUGCUACACUAUUUUUUAAUGUUAAAUAUAUGUAACUUGACUGUCAAUGAAAUUUAAUGGGAUAACUUAAUCAUCAACAAACUGAAUCACAGAGUCCUACAGCACGGAGACAGGCCCUUUGGCCCAAACUGGUCCAUGCCGACCAAAAUGUCCACUUCCUGCCCCUGGCCCAUAUUCUUCUAAACCUUUCCUAUCCACAUAUUUGUCCAAAUACCUUUUAAAUAUUGUUCAUGUACCUACCUCAACCACUUCCAAUGGCAGCUCAUUCCAUAUGCGCACCAACCUCUGUGUAAAAAAGUUGCCCCCUCAGGUUCCCAUAAAUUCUUUCCCCUCUUACUUUAAACUGCUGCUCUCUAGUCCUCAAUUCUGUAACCUUGGGGGAAAAAAAACCUGAGUGCAUUCACUCUAUCCAUGCCUCUUAUGAUCUUAUACACUUUUAUAAGAUCACCCCUCAGGAUCCUACACUCCAAUAAAUAAAGUCCUAGCUUGUCCAAACGCUCCUGUACUCUUUACAGUUUAAUAACAUCCUUCCGACAGUAAGGUGACCAAAACUGAACACAGUGCUCCAAAUGCAACCUCACGAACGCCCUGUAAAACUGCAACAUAACUUACCAACUUCUAUACUCAGUGCACUGACUGAUGAAGGCCAGUGUGCCAAAAGCUUUCUUCACUGCCCUGUCUACCUGUGACUCCACUUUCAGAGAACCGUGCUUCUGAACUCCAAUGGCCCUCUGUUCCACUACACUGCUGAAGGCCCUGCCUUUCGUCACGAAACUCCUACCUUGAUUUGACUUUUCAAAGUUCAACACCUCACAAUUAUUUACAUUAAACUUCAUUUGCCAUUUCUCAGCCCAGUUACCCAGCUGAUAAAGAUCCUGCUGCAAUUUCUGAUAACUUGCCUCAAUGUCCAUGAAACCGCCUCUUUUAGUGUUAUCCGCAAACUUACUAAUCAUUCCUUAUACAUUCUCAUCCAACUCAUUGAUACAGAUAACAAACAGCAAGGGCUCAGCACUGACGUGAGGCACACCACUAUUCACAGAUCUCCAGUCCGACGAGCACCCUUCCACCUACUGCCAUCCCACCUACCUUUCCCCAGUCGCACCCCUCCCCCCUGAUUUAUUUUCCAGCUCCAUUCCCCCUUCCUAGUCCUGAUGAAGGGUCUGGGCUCAAAAUAUCAACUCUCCUGCUCCUGUGCUGCUACCUGACCUGCUGUGUUCCUCCAGCUCCAUACUGUAUUGACUCAUUCCACUAUUACUGACUGCUUCCUACCAUCAAGCCAAUUGUGCAUCCAAUUUGCCAACUCUCCCUGGAUUCCAUGCAAUCUAACCUUCCAGAGCAGCCUACCAUGUGGAACCUUAUCAAAGGUCAUAUUAAAAUCUAUAUGUGCUAUGUCUACUGAUCUGCCCUCAUCAACGUUCCUGGUCAUGUCAUCAAAGCACACUAACAAAUUUAUGAGGCAUGAUCUCCCAGGCACAAAGCCAUGUUGACUACUCCUAAUCAAACCCUGUCGUUCUAAAUGCAUGUGUAUCUUAUCCCUCAAAAUCUAGAAAAUAUUCAAACCGAUGGAAAGAAUUCUGCUUUCUCCAGUACUUUCCCAUCUUAGCUUUCCUUUCUUAUAUAGCUCAGUGGAAGUCAUUGUUCCAUUCAUAAAACACUCAAUGUCUAAAUUUUACUAAAUGUUUAGAAUUUGUCUUGUCAUAAUUUAAAGAAAUGCUUCAAAGUAAGAAUUUUUCCUAUUAUGUUCACAGCAACAAAAAAUAUACUUUUGAAAAUGAUUGUACUUAUUUCAACAGCAUAGCGCUGUCCAACUUCUACCUGCUGCAGUGCAGGGUACAGUAAUCGUAAUCUAAACUGCAAGGUUGUUGGCAACCAACUGACCAGAAAAUUCCAAUGACUUAUUGUAUUCUCCAGAUCUUAUAUUAUUUCAUUAAAUAAAACAUUCUGCAU